AUGGCUGCUCUGGCCACCGUGGUCGUCCUCGCGCUUGCAACGGCCGUUGCCGGCGCAGCUUCGACGCCGGCUGCUGCGACGACGACGUCCAAGAGUCCGCCGGUCAUCUACAUUUUCGGGGACUCCAUGUCGGACGUGGGAAACAACAACUACCUCCUGCUCUCCAUCGCCAAGUGCAACUACCCCUGGUACGGCAUCGAUUACAAGAGCGGCUACCCCACCGGGAGGUUCACUAAUGGCAGGACCAUCGGAGACAUCAUGGCCGCCAAGUUCGGCUCCCCGCCUCCGGUGCCGUUCCUCUCCCUGUACAUGACCGACGACGAGGUCCUCGGCGGCGUCAACUUCGCGUCCGGCGGCGCUGGGCUCCUCAACGAGACUGGCAUUUACUUUGUUCAGUACCUAUCGUUCGACAACCAGAUAUCGUCGUUCGAGCAGAUCAAGAACGCGAUGAUCGCCAAGAUCGGCAAGAAGGCCGCCGAGGAGACUAUAAAUGGCGCAAUCUUCCAGAUCGGGCUCGGAAGCAACGACUACGUGAACAACUUCCUGCGGCCGUUCAUGGCGGACGGCAUCGUGUACACCCACGACGAGUUCAUCGGCCUCCUCAUGGACACCAUUGACAGGCAGCUGACGAGGCUGUACAAUCUCGGCGCGCGCCACAUCUGGUUCAGCGGGCUGGCGCCUCUCGGCUGCAUCCCGUCGCAGCGCGUCCUCUCGGACGACGGCGAGUGCCUGGACGACGUGAACGCGUACGCCAUCCAGUUCAACGACGCGGCCAAGAACCUGAUUGAGGGGCUGAACGCCAAGCUGCCGGGCGCGCGCAUGUACCUCUCCGACUGCUACUCCAUCGUCAUGGAGCUCAUCGACCACCCCCAGAAACACGGGUUCAAGACGUCGCACACGUCGUGCUGCGACGUGGACACGUCGGUGGGGGGCCUCUGCCUGCCGACCGCGCAGCUCUGCCCCAACCGCAAUGACUUCGUGUUCUGGGACGCGUACCACACCUCCGACGCCGCCAACCAGGUCAUCGCCGACCGCCUCUUCGCCGAAAUGGUGGGCUCCGGCGCCGUGGUCGCGGGGAACGGCACGUCCCCGCCCCGAGUCGUUAGCGCGCCGACGCCGACCCUCGCCGCGCCGCCGCGCAAGCCGUGA